AUGCUCUUGGAUCUACGCUACAACAGAAUACAGGCCAUCGACGAAGCAUCAUUACAGUGUCCAACACCAAAAGGUAUUGUAAGAACAAUAGGUGACAGGCGGACCUUUCGGUGUGAAAUAUAUUGGGAAGAGGGGCCUCCUCAAAUCCAGUGGACUCUGCCAAAUAAUACAAGCCUUCUCAUCACGAGUGUAUCAUUUCAAGAAGAGAGAAUCGUGUACUUUGGGGAUUUAAACUUCACAACAUCUUUCUACCUGAACCCAGAAGGCUUUACGUGCUGCAACUUUACUGCAUUAAAUGAUUCCCGGCUGAAGAACAAUACCUUUAACUUCGUGGGAAAGACAGUAUCAUCCCUGACGGUCAGUCCAAUCGUACUGCAAACAUGGAACGGUGAGCUAGUUUCCUGCUCAUCACUGUUUGGUAACAUCACAGCUCAUUUCAACGUGACUGUUUUUUCUCCUUCCUUGAACACUGGUCCUAACGUCAUUUCCACCAUAUCCUCUACCACUAACUCACAGAAAGAAACUCAACGUACAAACAACAACUCGAUAAUCCACAUACUAGACGCAGAGGUAAACACAAAUGUUACAAUUAAUUAUUGGGAUCUGGUCAUAGCAACACUUCUAUCAUCGUCAGUAGUUGCCUUGUCUUGUUUCCUCAUUGCGGCCCUGAGAAAAGGAAAAUUCAAGCUGUGGAGAGUGAACCCGGACAGCUGUGACGUACAGGAUCAGCAGAACCCUGACCCUUUCUCCCAACACACGUACGAGACGGUGCGAGACGAAGACCAGUACGAAGUCGUACCGGACAGUCAGGUUGAAGCGGAUGAUGCCAUUACACCAUACGGACAAUCUGCCAUUGCAGGUGCCUACAGAAUGGAUACGCCCAUGGCCGCAACGGCUAGAACGUCCCAUGUAACUAAGCAUAGAAGAGUAGAUACGCCUUGUGUCAUGCGAAAGAGAUCACAAGGGCGUGUGCCAAGGGAUGAUAAAGGUGCCGACGUCGCUGAGUCAAGCUACAACUUAGAAGCUUCUAGACGUGCCAACGUGGGUGUAGGGACUCGUGGGGUACAAGAUCAAGAGGGUACAAGCAAGGCAUACAGUAACGCUGAAAUACAUGAUGUCCAGGUCAACAACGGUCGCAGUGAUAGAGACUUGACAAACGCAAAUGACUCAUAUCAGACUUCUAUCACUGCAGAGGAUGACGUAGACCUUUUCAGAGAGAGUGCGCGAACAACAUGGCUUUAG